AUGAAAGAUGACCAUCUCGAAGACUUGACGGCACAACCAUGGUGUACAGCACUUCUUUCCGAUUCUUUCGUAAUGCAUCUAAGUAAACGCUUGGUACCUGGUGCAAAUUCAGAAAGUGCAUACAUACAUACAAUGCUCCUUCGCACGCUCUUCACCGACGGUUCUAUCCGCGCCUAUGUCACAUUGUUCCGACCAGGAAACGAACAAAAAAGAGAAUUGAAUGCAGGAAAAAUGUGGGUCAAGAUUGCUUUAGCUCCCAGCGAACCUUCGUCCGAAAUCCGCCAACAAGAUGCACGAAGGCAAGCAACGAAAGAAGAAAACCAUUUCGAUGUUAGCGAUACCAAUAACCCCGAAGCAAUCUUCCUUGUUUCUGUUGGCCGUGACGUCAAUGGUGACACUGACCGACUUCACGGUGGCAUCAUUUCUGCGCUAUUGGACUAG